GUACCCUUCGACAUCUGGUACCUCAGUAGUAGGUCUAGUGUAUGAUGGAGGAGUGAUGCUUGUUGCCGAUUCCCUUGGCUCAUAUGGCUCGCUAGCAAGGUUCAGGGAUGUGAAGAGGCUGUUCAAAGUUACUGAUAAAGCUGCAUUAGCUUGUAGUGGAGAUAUUGCUGAUUAUCAGUUCAUCAGAGAAGUCAUUGAACAGAAAGUACGUGAUGAUGUGUGUGGGGGUUACUCACGUGAACUUAAUGCUGGAGCAUUACACUGUUGGCUGACUAGGGUACUUUACAAUCGUCGUAGUAGAUUUGACCCUCUUUGGCUAGAGUGUAUUGUGGCUGGUUACAAGGAUGACAAACCGUUUUUGGGUUAUGUUGAUAAGAUUGGCACAGCCUUUGAGGCUAAAGAAGUUGCUACUGGAUUUGGUCUACAUCUUGCAGUUCCUAUGAUUCGAGAAGCUAGGGAGAAAAAGCAAAGCUUGCCGCGGGAUGAGGCCCGCAAGUUGCUGACAGAGUGUCUGAAAGUUCUUUACUAUCGUGACUGCCGUGCUCACUUCAAGUAUCAACUAGCUGACAUCACACCAGAAGGUGUAGUCAUCCAUGAUGACCUCAACCUGAAGAAGGACACCAAUUGGGAAGUUGCUAAUUAUAUCAGUGGUUAUGAAUAAGAUGAUCAACAGCUAGAUGGAUUGAUUUAAGUGCAUUUUCUUUAGUUUAAGGAAGUGUGUAGUUUUUAAAUUCUUUAUUGCUUCAUGUUUCACAUUAAAUUUGUAUUUCCAAUCAUGACGCUUAAUAAAUAAAAAGAAAAAGGGCA